AUGUCGACCACCGUCGCUCAGCCCAUGGGCUACCAGCCCUUCACCAACCAGUGCUUUGACCCGGACAUGGACUCGCUGGUCGACUUCAAUGCCAUCCAGUCGCCCCAGCCUUCCAGCUCCUCGUCACACAUGCCCGGCUCCACCGUCACCUCAACCAUGAGCAGUCCCACCAACACCAUGCUGCCGCUCGACCAGUCGGAAGACCACCAGACGCCCGCCAAGCCCAGCCAUGAGUACGACCUCUUCAAGCAGCAGACCGGCCUGCCCUCGGGCUCCGUCCCCGGCCUCGGCAUGCCCGGCGUCAACCAGUCCGUGUACAAUGGCCACCACCAGCAGAUGUUCAGCAACUCGGGCCUCGGCUUCGACGAGUACAGCAUGGGCAUGGGCUCCAUGGACGUGGAAAUGAGCUCCAACAACGGCCUCCCGGCCUUCUUCUUCUCGCCCAGCGAAAGCCACUCGGACGACUAUGUCGACCCGAGCGCAAUCUCCCACGAGGAACCCCAGCAGGCCGUCCGUUUCUUCCCCGGCAUGCAUCAGCAGCAAGCUGCUCUGGCGGCCAAGGCGCAGGCGCAGGCCCAGCAGCAGAGACAGCAGCAGAUCAUCCAGCAGCAGCAGAGGGAGCGCGCAGCGCAGCAGUCGAGCGCGCAGCCCCAGAGGAAAUCUGUCUCGCACCACGUCGCCGACGCUCGGACCGAGGAGAUCAUCGGCCGUGUCGUCAACCAGAUCCGCCAGAACAGCACCCUCCAGUCGCAGCCUGACAUGCAGGCCUCCAACGUCCUGCCCCACAUCAUCAAGAUGAAGAAGGACGAGGAGGACAUGGACGAGGACGAGAGGCUGCUUGCCAGCGAGGAGGGCAAGAAGCUCAGCAGCAAGGAGCGCCGCCAGCUGAGGAACAAGGUUUCCGCCCGUGCUUUCCGCUCCAGAAGAAAGGAGUACAUCGGCCAGCUUGAGGGCGAGGUUGCUGCCAAGAGCAACGAGGCCAAUGACCUCCGCCUCCAGAACCGCGCUUUGAUGGAGGAGAACGCGCGCUCCCGCGCUUUCAUCGAGCGCCUUCUCCGCCACCAGGCUUUCGGUCCCUUCCUCGACGAGCUCAGCCGCGACCCUGCUCUCACCGAGCCCGUCAAGCUCCCCACCCCGGCCCCCGCCCCUCGCCAGGAGAGCUUCAGCUCGGCUCCCUCGAUGAUGGAGGACAACUCCCAGAUGGGCAUGUCCACCAUCCCCGAGCAGCCCGUCGACAUGUCGAUGCUGAGCAUUAGCAACAACGGCUACUUCCCCAACACCGGCUUCAACUUCAACCAGCCCCAGGUCUUCGCCGUCUUCGAGGUUCCCCAGGGUCCUGCCGACCUAUUCAACACCGACGUCCUUUCCGGCAAGGCUACUUCCGAGUACGUCGAGGAGGAGCCCGUCGAGGAGAUCAAGCACGACUACCCCGUCCUCGAGCGCCCCAUCGUUGAGGAGACCGUCGAGGCCGAGGCCGAGGAUGUCGACGACGGCAACCCGGACUUCGCCCUUUACGUCAACACGCCCGCCCCCUCCGCCGCCCGCGCUUCCUUCGACAACAUCGCGUCGGAGAAGGCCGCGCAUUUCGAGCUCGUCACCGUCGAGGAGUCCGAGGAGCAACUGCAGCAGCGCCUGGACCGCAUGUGCAAGAAGAUGGACGUCGUCUUCGAGCGCAUGCAGGCCGCGACGUCGUAUCUCGACUUAUAA